AUGGACACCGCCAGCGUCGAGUUAUUCGCAUUACUACUACCGUACUUUAUUCAUCGUCAAAAUGUGGUUGCCACGGCGGCGACGAUUCAGGAGCCGCGACGCAUUCGCUCGCAUUUCAUCAAGGAUAUUCUCGAUCUCCCAUCGCCCGAGCAGCAAAUUGACGAUUUCGGAAGAACGAAAGGCGAUUUGACGGCGUCUUCUGAAUUUCUUCGCAAAAAGAAGAAAAAGGCGCGAACCACUUUCAGCGGAAUGCAAGUUUAUGAGCUCGAAAAAAAAUUCGAGUCAAAAAAAUAUUUGUCAAGCAGCGAUCGCAGUGAGCUGGCACGACGGCUGAACGUGACUGAGACACAAGUCAAAAUUUGGUUUCAAAAUCGGCGAACAAAAUGGAAACGACUUGAGAAUGGUGAUUCUUCGAAGGAAGAGGACGUCGACCAGAAGCGCGCUUUAUAA